CUGAGAGUCAGAGUUAUGUCUGUUAGACACAAGGAGUCAGACACAUUCCAUCAUCCCCACCGCUAUGGGCAAGACACUGUUCCUCACCAUCACCUACUCGCUGCUGCUAAACGCGUGGGUGGAGAGCGUGAGGGUACUGAGGUUUCAAGAGGACGGUGUGGCCUCGGAGAGCGUGGCAGUAUAUCAGGGAAGUCUCAGCAGGUCCAGAGAACUCUACUCUUUCACGUUCUGCGUUAGAUUCAAGAUUUUUUACCUUCAUCAACGGGGCACGCUCUUCUUUCUGUACGACAGUGUUAAAGAUCGAUAUUGGAUGCUGAGAGGAGAAGUGUGGGUGGACAAGGUGAGAGUAGCCAUCUCCCACACCUGGCACUUUAUGCCCCUGGACCACCAACUGUGGGCCUUCAGGUUUUACCACCUCUGUUUUACCUACAACCACACCAGCUUCCUGAUUCAGACCUUCAUUGACGGAGUGAUGGUAAGGAACGGUUCCUACAACGUCAACCGUCCAGCACUCGGCGAUUACGCUGCUGUGGGUAAUGGUCAAGCCAUUGAGGAGAGUUACAGUGGAGACAUAACUCAGGUUAACGUAUGGGACAGUAUAGUGAGUGUCACAGAAAUCAAGAAGAUGGCAGCCUGUCAAACUGAUCCCCAAGGGAACUUCAUCACAUGGGAGGCUAACUGGAGACUCCGCAACGUAACCUCUUACGACAUGCCACUGGAAAAAUUUUGCCAGCAGGAAGUGGGUAACAUUUAUUUCUGGUUUCCUGAAGUCACGGAUUAUACGGGCCAGUACGUCUGUGAGGCCCUCGGCACCCACCUGCCACACAUAUCCAGCUUAAAGGACGCAGAAUACCUUACAAGCUGUCGGAGACCAUGUGGCCUAAUAGUGACCAUUGUCCUCUAUACAUCUGGAGUCCACUCAAUGACAAAAAGGAAGAGAAUGUGUGGGUAGCUUCAUAUGAUAAGAAUUUAAUUGAUAAUUCUUCAUACUGGUCACCAGACGAACCUAAUGGUUAUAGAUAUGAAAACUGUGCAGCAGUGCGAAAAGACGGCUUAAUUGACGAUGACUGCGCCUGGAAGAGAUGUGCACUUUGUACAUUUACUGAACCCCAGAGAUUUUCAUUACUCGGCAGUUGUGAACCAGAACUCCGUAAUGUUUACUUUGUGGCAUAUCAGGAGGAAUAUGGUGGCUUGAUCUUCAGGAGCUACGGAUCGAAUCACAUUAAGAAAGUGAAUGGAACUUGGAUAUACAUUAAUGCAGUGCAAAACUACACCAUAGCUAAAAUGGAGCCAUUUGAUCCUGACUUUCCAAUGGGUCGUAGAUGGUGGCAGCUGGAGAGAGAAGUGUGUGACCAGGAAAGUGGUGGUCGACGUCGCAUGCUGCUCACACCUUGUCGCUCUGAUCAUUAUACAUGUGACGACGGCACCUGCAUCCCUCACCACUACCGGUGUGAUCUUAAAUAUGACUGUAGAGAUCGAAGUGAUGAGCUGGAUUGUGAACUCAUCUUGUUCCCCCAAGACUACCAUCAGAACUUGCCUCCGAGGGUGCCAGGGAAGGAAGACUCGAAGCUCCCUGUUAUUAUAAACGUUGUUAUAAAAUCUAUAGACGUCCAAACAGUGCAAAUGUCCAUGAAAUUAUCUUAUGAAAUAGAGAUGAUUUGGUUUGAUAACAGGCUUCAAUAUUAUAAUCUUAAAUCAAAUGCCAGUCUGAACAGCCCACGUCUAGACACAAUGAUGAAGUUGUGGUCCCCACUGGUGAAACUACUCAAUACAGACACCAUCGAUCAAGCACUGUUGGCCAUAGACGCCAACACUCUCAUUGAAAGACGAACUGCAGCGUUGGGCAGGGACGAAGGUGCAGCGGGCGAAGUGGACAUGUACUCAGGAGAAGACAAUCCUUUAUCAGUGAGCAGGAAGUACAGUACGGUCUACGCCUGCCAGUUCGACCUCACACUCUACCCUUUUGACAACCAGUAUUGUGACAUCCACCUUCAGAUUGUGUCUGGCCAAGUGUCCUUCCUCGACGUCCACUCAAAUUCCUCUGUUGACUACUUGGGAAGCGAAGUGCUCAAUGAAUAUAAGCCUAAUUGGAUCAGAAUAUUGGUCAAAACAUACCUAAGUAAUGCAGUUGUUUUCAUACAGGUGUACAACUGUAGUAUAUAUAACUUAUACAAAGCAUUAGCUGGGACUUUGUGUCUCUCUCAGAUCGGAAAAGUAAAGGUGCUGUUGGACAAGAAGUACAUGCCUGGUGAGGCUCGGGUUCGUGUGCCCAUGACGAGGCAGUUCGGUAACUCCAUCCUCAACAUCUACAUUCCCUCUCUUAUACUCAUGGUCAUCAGCUACCUCACCUUCUUCUUCAGAACCUCCAUCUUCGACGUGCGUGUGAUGGUCACCCUCACCGCCCUUCUUGUGCUUGCUACACUCUUCGCUCAGGCGUCAAAUUCACUUCCUAAUACGUCAUACUUCAAGAUGGUGGACAUCUGGCUCUUAUUCUGCGUGGGUGUCACCUUCCUAGUCAUCAUAUUUCAUAUCCUGAUUGAUAACCAGUAUUUCAAGGAUAACAAGACAACCCAAGUAAAACCUUUUGCUUUGCCAGCGUAUAGCGAGACCCAUCUGAUGGGACUACGCGGCCGCUGCCGCUGGUCACCAAAUUUGUCGGUCGAGCAACUGGAGAUGGUAGCCAAGGUCUUCGUCUUCUUCCUCAUGAUCACAUUCAUGGUUGGAUACCUGGCCUAUAUAAUAAGCUGAGAAUCUCGUCUAAAUUUCUGCAGCACGAAGUCUUACAUUUCCGUAUGACUGAAAAUAUUAAAUUGCUUAUUUUGCAAAUAGAUAAAUGAGAGAUUUCAUACACAAGCUUCAUGAGCUUGUCACAAUGUAUAAUAAUACACAAACAUUGUAUAUAAAAAACUUAUAUCACUGUUCCGUACUUAUAGCACUUGGUCAUGAUCUAAGGUAAUUUAUUCUUGCCUAAUGAUUAACAUUAAAACUACGAUUAACAUAUCAACGAUUUGGUAGUUUAAUUUGUUCCAUAAGAGAUGAAUAGUUCAGAUAUAAUACUGAGGAUGAGAUAUUACAAUAAAUUUUACCAAGAAAGUUACCAUUACACUGUUCUUCACUGGCAUCAAAGGAUGAUAACUUAUUAUUAUUAACCUUUUCUACAGUGAACACAAUAUUUUUUUGUGUAAUGUAAACAAUACGUGAUAAUUCUAUCAAAAUGGAAUAUUUCUCAAUUAUCUUGUAAAAUAAUGGUUCCAAUUCUACUGGACAGUCAGCCAUCCAGCUGUUCUUACAAUAACAUAAAAAUAUAUUAAUCAAGGUUAGUUCUAAAAAAAGGCCCAUUAUCUCUCUUAUUUGCGCAUACAAACCUUUGUCAAAAUGAAAAAAAAAUGAUCGUUUAUUUUGAAAUGAAGAUUUCUUUACAUUGUACUUUUGUAUCUUUUUCUACUAAAUUUUUAUCACUAAAUAAGUCAUUAACACAGAUACCUUUUUCUUAAGAACAGACUGUUUCUGACAG